AUGGGGAGUGACCAUAAUCGCCGUGGCAAUCAUCGAGUUCGCGGUGGAUACCAGCCAAGUCGUGGUCCAAUGGAGCAACAACCCUUUCGCCGUCACGAGGCUUCACCCGCACCAUCAUCCAGAUACAGAGGAAUCCCAAACCUUCGACCCGAUCGCGAGUCGCUCAACUUCAACCGGGGCACAGGUCAGGUCAAUGUGCGCAAUGCUGCCUCUGGAGUGUUGACUGAGACGCAACCGGUCUCGGGCGGCUUGCGACCUGUCCCCAUCCAACGAGACACUCAGCAUGGUCAUGCGCGUCUCUCUGCCAACGACAGAGGUUCCCAGUUUGGAUCACAGCCAAUUGCCUCUGGCAGCCCAGCUAAAAGAGGCCGGUUCACAGCCCGACGUGGUAAUGCGCACGUCGGCGUUCGCCAGGGCACUUUGCCACAGACAACCACCGUCACCAAUGCUCCAGUCUCUGAAAGCGAUGGCGACGAAAGUAGACCUAUUGUGCUCGAAAGCACACCUCCGCUCAUUAGCGACGUCGCUUCUGAGGUCAAGAACGCCGGAACGAACAGUAUCAGCCAAGGAGUAGCUAGCACUCCAGGAAAAUCGUCCAACGUGCGAGCAAACAAUCAUGCCCGACCGACUAUUACAAUUCAGCCAAAGGAGCGCGAGGAAUCAUCCGAAGAGGAGCCAUCUCCUCUAGUCUCCCGUGCCCCAUCAAAGCGCAAGUCCAUUAACAAGUCUCCAACUUACGUCGAGCCCACUGAUGCCUGGUGGCUCCCCGCACACCGCAAAAUCCGUCUUCUUGAGAUUUGUAUUUCGUUUGAAAGUGAAUACUUUCUCUCAAACGACUCGGAGAUGACCCCAGACCAGGCCUUUUAG